GUCAGCCUGACAGAGUGAUAUUCAGUCAGCCACUAACAGCGGUGGGCAAAGGGUGUGUGCGCGGGUGUGUGGCGCUCCAGUGCUAUGGAGAGGUUGAGAGCUUUCUGAUAGGCAUUGGUUGUCGCUUUGUGGUAGCCACGAAUGCUUAAGUACAAAGAUAUUUUAGUGCAAUAUACCGUAACCAGGCCACACCAAAGAGCUCUCUAUUCUACCAACAAUUAUUCUUAUUUAAACAACGCUGGUGAAGGAGAGUAUGUCUUGCUGCCAAGGGGAGACUUACGGACCUCACCAGAACUUCAUGUUGUGCCCUUCAGGAUAUCCCAGGGUCUCGCUGUCUAGUGGUGGCGAUGGAGGGGUUCCUCCCUUACAUCCUGGCAUGACUCAUAGACACUGGAUGUCCUCCUCGUCACCUGUUGGGCAGCUUUCCCCUCCUCAACAGCCUGGAAUGCAUGGAGAAGAGUGGUGGAAGACCUCUCCUCUUCCUGUUCCUCCUCCUCUUGUUAACCAAUCAAACCACAGCGGUGAAAACUUCUUCUGUAAAAUGAAGGUUCAAAGUCAGGUCAAAUUCCGACAGUGUGGUCAGUCUGUGGAGCACUCAAAGAAUCCACAGGAAUCAUCGUCGUUCUUCCAGGUAUCUACCAUGGAUAAAGGUGGUAAACCACAACCUAUGUAUCCUGAACACUAUCCUCGACUGCCAUGCUACCCACAUCAGGGUUUGAAACAUCCCCGUGCAUUAAAUUGUCAGCAAGCGACUCAGGAGCGGCUUCCCUACCCUCAACAGUAUCAAAACCUUCCGAACAAAUACCAUCAGCAGCAACCUGGUUUCAGUACUUCUGAUACACAUCAAGAAGCCCCUGAUCAACAACAGUCAUCACUCCCCACACAACAUAUACAGAGACCAUCCCCCUUCACUUUUCAGUACCAACAACAACAACACCUAGGGCGAUCAUUCCACCCUCCACACCUUCAGCACCAGGACAUGGAGCGACCUUUCCGCACUAGCCACAACAUACAGCAGGGUCAUGAAGCACAGCCAUUACUUCAUUCUUGUCUUAUCAAGCAACAUUCCACGAGGUAUCCCCAGCCGCCCUAUCCUCAGUAUACUAUCCAUCAACCACAUCAGCAGCAACUUGGGCACCUGAGGAAAACAACUGCAGGAAUUGCUCCUCACCGUCAACAGCAGGGAGGAGAGUCACAUGCCAGUUACCAGGGAUCACAGAGUCACGAUCAACACCAACAGCAUUACCCUCCCCGCAAACAGUUCCGGUCACCCCAGCAACAAUACCAGUCACCCCAACACCAAUCUCAGUCUCCCCAACAACAAACCCUGCCUCCCCAACAACAAAUAAAGUCACACCAACGACAACCCCAUCCAUCCCAGCAACAAUUCCAACAGUCCCAGCCUCCCCAGCAACAAUUCCAACAGUUCCAGCCUCCCCAGCAACAAUUCCAACAGUUCCAGCCUCCCCAGCAACAAUUCCAACAGCCCCAACCUCCCCAGCAACAAUUCAAACAACCCCAGCCUCCCCAGCAACAAUUCAAACAAUUCCAACAGUCCCAGCCUCCUCAGCAACAAUUCCAACAGCCCCAACCUCCCCAGCAACAAUUCCAACUCCUUCAACAACAAGGAGAACUCUCAGCCCAGCCAGAAGUGAUCUAUAUCUCACCAGAGCCACCUAAGACUACGAAGGUCAACAUCCAGCAGUUACCUCAGUCUUCAGCAGCUAGUAGAAGGUAUGAGGACCAGCAGCAGCCCUCUCAAGGCCAGGAAGGAGGAGAACACUCGAAUAAUUUAUCAAAACAAACCGACCAUCAAGAAAAUCACCUGCUCAUCAGUUUGUCACUUACCCAACAGGAUAGCAUGGGAUAUCAAAAAACUUGUAAAUAUGAAAGGGCAAUACAGACAGAUAUGGAAGUGAUGCAAUUUGUUAAUCGCCUCAAAGAAACCGUGCAGAGCCAACCAUCUCAAUUAAAAGAUGGCGGAAAUGACGGUGAGAAACCAACUCGGUGCCAACACACAACUAUUGGAAGUCAACAGCACGAGGAAAACAGAUACAAGAAUAAGGUCUUGCAGGGGCGGAAUAUUGAAGCUGGGGAACCAGACAGACGGGAAAGUCAACAAACACAAGAGAAUGCCAAGGGUUCUCCUGACAGCCACAAAAGAGAACAACUCACUCAGAAAUAUCGACAAGGAAAAUUUGCACGGAUGUUGGAGACAGAUUAUUCCACACCUGCCAAACCUGAGGUAGCCUCCUCCUGCAGGUACAGCUCAGUCACCUCCUCAAAACACAUGAAUCAACACACUCCGGAGACUCCUGAACUAAAUGGUAUAAACUCGAAUCCUUCCAUGAACCAAUCAGUCGACCACAGCAUUAGUAACACCAGAGUCAACACUUCUAUUGUCAGUGAAGUCCGCAGUGAGCUGUCUAGAGUCUCUGUGGAUCCAGGCAUCUCUUGUAUCAGUGACAGAAAUCCCAUAAACACCACAUCCCUCAGCCUCACACCUCCACCAACGCCACCCAUAUUCAGUCUCAUACCGAAGCCGAGCAGCACAGUUAGUGAAGUAAUACCUGAUAAUCACUUCAUGAAGCAGCUUUCCAGUGUGUUCACUAACAAGAUCACUUCUGGGGAGGCUGUGGAUAUGAAGACUGAUACCUUAACAAAUUCCUUCAUGGAACCCACGACUCCCUACGGAGAAGACCCAACUGCUGCAAUGAAAGACACAGCUGCUGUGACAGAACAUACACCUUCUGUAAUAACACACACAUAUUCUACAGUAGAACACAUGUUCGCCACCUCCAAACACACACCUGCCCCUAUAGUUCUUUCUCUCAACAUUCCACAAGUGUCACUGGACUUCCCAGAGGCCACACAUGGUACCUCAGGUGGGUUUACGAUUCUAGAUGCAGUGACGUCCACACCACAAGGCUCGCCUAAGCUUCAGGAAUCUACCAGUACCACAGGACAGACUCAGCUUAAAGACAUCAAUAUCCAGGGGAGAGCUUCUCCAUGUGUCACCACAAUAGCUCAACCAUUUCCAAGAAGUUUGACCAUGAAGAGUAGACUCAAACAAUCAUACAGUAAAAAAAAUCCUGAGAAAGAGGACAUCUGCGGAGAUCUUUGCCUCAAUGCUAGAUUUUCCAUGUACCUUCCUCCUCAGCUUGAGUUCCCUUGCCUGUUGUGUGGUAUUAUUGUCCCCAGUGAGGAAGCAAUCUAUCACCUCUUCUUUGGGCAGAUCAAGUGUGCUGCCUGUAAACUGUCCAUCAAGACUUGUUGGGAGUUCAGGAGUAUGGAGAUCUUAGACAUACCGUGCGAGAAAGAGACAACAGGAGAGCACAAGUACCUCGAGUGGUCAUCUGAUCCGACUUCCUUCGUGUCUUACCAUAUGAGCAAAAGUCUUGUGACGAGGAACUUCUAUGCUGGUAAAGACACAUCCCCAUCAACCACAGAUCUCAUCUCUACAAUGGCCAAGUUCCUCAAAAAGUUCUCAGCACUGGAGCAUCACAGUCCCUGGGAACAGGCAAUAAGGAAAUGCUGGAAGUUUGUGAGGAACAUGCAGUCGAUGACUAACUUGACUAAACAUCACUUGAAACAGAGGAGAAAAAAGUCCUUUGAUAAAGAUUGUGAGAAUUCUGUAGGUUUGUCGAAAACUAAUACUAACAAAAACAAACCAGAAGAGACUGUUAAAGCAGAAAGUGAGAGCUCAGUUCCUUGGAGAAUAGAGAAAACACAAACACUCACAAGUUCUGAAGUGGAGGAAGUGGAGAGAACUCUUCAACAAGAAGAGACAAAGAUAAAUGCCGGAAAAGCUUAUAUCUUGAGCAUUAGUGAAGAAAACAUUUUGACAGUAGAAGCCGAAGAAGCCUCUUUCAGUAGUGCAGGGGACAAGCAACACAGUGAGGCAGUGCAGACUGUGGGGCAUCAAGCUGAGAGAAAAUUGUCCUUUAAAUCUCCUGUUGUUAGCCCAAGAAGCACCAUAGAUACAAUGUUACCAGUAAACUCUGACCAAGCAAUCUUACUAAACACUAGUGAUCCUGAUGUUGCCAAGAACACCUUUGAGGAGACCCUAGAAAGUCCUGAUAUACAGUCAAAAUUCGGGGACUUCCUUCUAUCACUGCCAUACAACCAAGAUAUGCUGGAGAAGGUGAUUCAGUACGUGUCUCUCUUUGAUGACGAGGUGAAGGAGGACUCAGAUGUCAGCAAGGCGUCACCUCCCGCGAAUAUAAGGGAUUUAAGUUCAAUCACAGCCCAAGACCAAUCUCUCAUAGUUAACUCGGCAUCUACAACAAAACAAAGUCCUUCUCGAACCAAAGACUCAACUUCCGGAUGCUUGCGAGAGAGACAGUGCAUACCAAGGAAGAUGAUACACAAAUCCAUGCCGAAAUCAAGGAAAAAGAGAUUUCUUGAUGCCUAUAGCUCUGAGCUUAACGCAGAGAGAGACCCAGCUCCUCCACAAGAUGCUACUCAGAAUUCUGGUGGCCAAAUACUCGAUGGUGACAACUUCCUUCUGUACAACAUCCCGAGCUGUCAGGUUCCCGAGGAAUGUCCCAUGUGUUACACUUCCAUCUGUCCUACCAUAUUUACCAUAAAUAUUAAGACUUUCAGGUUGAAGGGCAUCUGUCCAGGCUGUGACCUGAUCAUCUACCUAGUGCAGGACCCACCUGAACGCUCAUUCGUUCUUAAGAAACCUGGACCAAAAGAACAAGACGAAAGGGAUACUAAAACACAAUUAGUGGCAUAAACGAUGUAUUAAUGUGUGCCAUACAUAACGUGCCAGUAUAUGUUUGGUGUCAGACAAUACCAAGUGUUACAUAUUAAGAUUGGAAUGACUUAUCUCGUGUCAGAUAACAAUGUGCUCUUAUACACAAAGUUCCUAAUUAUGUUCAUUUGUCCUCGAUUGGAUUUAUUUUGAUGUUUCUGUUUAAUUAUUUUACUUUUAAGUCAAGGAAAUAUUAUGUUUUUACCUGUGAUGUAGCUACCAGGCACUGUAGUCUACUCCAUAAACAAGACCAGAGCCAAUUCUAGUAUUUUUGGUUCAUCUGAGAAUGAGCCUCCAAGUGGUCACCUAAAGUUGUGUUCCCAGUUUAACCAGUCUUGAGUUUAACCCUUUGGAUGAGGAUUUAGUUUUCAAGUAACAUUCUCAAGCAGUGUCAAUUCUCCUGUGAAAUAUCAUAUUGGUAACUGGUGCUUUUUUUUCUACUUUUCUUUUUGAUCAAGGCCAAACUACAAAGUUUCCAUAUAUGGCAUUAAUAUUUUUUUAUAAAUAAUUUUGUCAACAGAAAAAUAAAUAUUGAGACUUGAAAAAAAAACUUAUGUUCUAUGUGACCAUACAGCUCCAAAUGACACAACAAACGAAAACACUUGUCAGUCUCAUUGUCUCUCUUUGCUCAAGCUGAACGAAUCAAUGUACAAUUUUUUUUAUACUUAUAUAUUGAUAAAUGUAAUAAAUUGUCUACCCUGCACUGUACAGAAUUACUCUUUAGAUAAAAUUUGCUCAAAUUUUCUUUUGUAUUUAGUAUACGAACUUCUUAUGACUGUCCAGUAUGUCAUAAUCAUCACCAUAUACAGUAUCAUACUGUACCAGAAACAUAUAACAUGCUGUGAAUAUAUAUAGUAUGUCCCAGAAAAAUGUCCCUGCUCCCUCCGUCCCACCCUCUAACACAAUCUCUCAGGGAGUUGACAUGGACAUUUUUCUGAGACACUCUAUACAUGUACUAUACUUAUCAUAGAAAUAUGUACUAUACAAGUAAAGGCCCACCUGUAGAAAUGCCCCACUGUGUUUCAAACUAACACUGUCUACACACGUCUUUCAUAACAUAACCAAGAAGUUUUUGCCCCAUGAUGCUAUGUAAAUAUAUAUGGAAUUUGU